CAGGAUGCCGCACUACAAGCUGACAUAUUUCAAUCUGCGAGGACGUGCAGAAAUCAGCCGCUACAUAUUUGCCUACUCGGGCAAGAAGUAUGAAGACCACAGGAUAGAAGCAGCAGACUGGCCCAAAAUCAAGCCAACUAUCCCGUUUGGCAAAAUCCCCAUUCUGGAAGUAGAUGGAGUUAUUAUUCACCAGAGCCUGGCAAUAGCAAGAUACCUUGCCAGAGAAUCAGGCCUGGCGGGGCAGACACCUGUGGAACAGGCACUAGCUGAUGCCAUCGUGGACACCAUAGACGACUUCAUGACGCUGUUCCCUUGGGCAGAGAAAAACCAGGACGUGAGAAAACGAGCGUUUGAUGACAUCCUCACCAACAAAGCACCCGAGUUACUGAAAGAUUUGGAUACUUUCUUGGGGGAUAACAACUGGCUGGUAGGGAAGUCUGUAACGUGGGCCGAUUUCUACUGGGAUGUGUGCAGUACGACGCUCCUGAGCUGCAAACCUGACCUGGCAGACAAAUACCCCAGGCUCUUGGCUCUCCGAGACAGAGUGGAGGCACUUCCAGCCAUCGCAGCCUGGAUCCAGAAAAGACCGAAGUCGAUGAUGUAAAUCCGCUGAGAAAAACAAAUGCGUGUUUAGUUUUCAUCAUGACCAGCAUCUUAAGUUAUUAAUUUUAGAAUCAUUUAAAUUAAUUUCAGUGGGUAUACUAUACCAAAUCAAAAUGUACAACUUGUAUC